AUGGGAUGGAUCUUCACAGACGGAAUCGGCACAGAUCUGAACCACGGACAAGCAUCCGAACAUUUCGUAACAUCACCACUAAUGGCAGAAGCCCUCUCAAUCCGAUCUGCCCUCAACCACGCUUUAGAGCUCGGAAUCACAACCAUCCACCUCAAAUCAGACGCUCGAGACCUCGUCCGAGCUAUCAACAUGCAAGAGCAAAUCGCGGAGAUCUACGGGAUCCUCUUCGAUGUUAACACUUUCGCUUCAAUGUUCUCCUUUAUCUCUUUCAACUUCAUUUCGCGUCUGAAAAUGAUAAGGCAGAUGCACUCGCAAACAAUGCGAAAAGCCGACUGA